AUGCGUACCUCCGCCCCUCUGGUGUUGCUCCUGCUGUUUCUGCUAGUUGUGCUCCUGGGCAUAGAUGAGGUGUCGUCAAAUAGCAAAGCGGGAAAUAAUAACAGGAAUGCAAAGAGCGGGAAGGGGGGAGGCGCAAGUAAGCAGGGCAAAAAUGAAGCGAGCGGAAGUGCUGGUACGAGUGGAAAGGGCAGCCAGAAAGGGAAGAAGAAAGAUCCGAGGGGAGGUGCCACUCCCAAAGGACAAACGAAACCACCCGAACAGGGAAAACAAAAAAACAAAAAAGGACAAGACAGCCAUUUUGAUGAAUUCAUAAAGGACAUGAGAGACAACCAAGAUGAAGACAAUUUUAUGGAUGAAUUGAAUAACUUUGAAAAGAAUUUUCACGAUGAAGAUUUAGAGAAUAACAAACAUAUGUUUGACAACUAUGGCAAGGGAGGAGCAGAUAAUGGAGAGUUCAAAAGAAAUGACAAGCUGAAUAGUGGAAAUGACGGCGGAAUGAAACCUGAUGCCAACGAUUACCAAUAUUUCGAUAACGAUGAUAAUGCUGAGGGAGAUGAGGACUUGACAAACAUAUGGAAUAAAAAUAUGCAGAAUUUUGAACCAUCUACUUUGUUAACAUUUGAAAUUCAAGGAAAUUCAGAGGAAUAUCUUUUUGAGGAAAUAAGCGAUUUGAACACUUAUUUUCGAGGAGUGUUUUACUCCAACAAUGAAUCUGAUGAUAAUAAAAUUCUGCUUUUUAUCACCGAUCCGGAUGGAGAAAUAAUUUACAAGAAAGAAGCAAAUGAAGGCAUUUUUUACUUUUACACACAGAAAAUUGGAGUGUAUACAAUCACCUUGAGAAAUAGGAAGUGGAUGGGAAAAAAACUCACAACGGUUGCCCUUGGGUUGGGAGAAAGCCCCUCGUUAAGAUCGGAACAUAUAAAAGACUUCACCAAUUAUAUCGACAAAAUUGUUGCUGAAACGAAGAGGUUAAAGAACGAAUUGAAGUAUUUAUCUUCCAAACAUAUAGCACAUAUUGAGAAAAUGAAAAAAAUCACCAACAAGGCCUUUCUCUACUGCUUCAUCAAAUUGUUUGUCCUCAUCUUUUUGUCCUUCUUCACCAUUUACUACAUCAAGAAUUUGGUCUCCAACAAGCGCGUCCUGUGA